CACAGCGCAACGCCUGAAAAAUAUAUAAAAGUAGUACCUCCCAGAGAAGACAUAGAGGUCUAAUUAAUAAACAAUCUUAAUAAAUAUGCAUUGUCGAGAGAAUACUAUUAUUUAUUCUUUUUGAGCCUAGAAGAUACCCAUCCUCCUAGUGUACGAAGGACCCCUGGAUGAUCAAUAUGAAAAUGAGAAACACUCUCCUGUUCUGUGGCUUGUUACAAGCUAACCUAGCAUGGACGGGUGUUUCUCCGUCUUUGAGCGAGCUAGAUACCAUUUCGGCUACCGAACCUUUACUACAGAAACGAGCAGACUCUUUCCAAAAUCCAGUGGUAUAUGAAGACUUUGCCGAUAAUGAUGUCUCUGUUGGUCCAGACGGAUUAUAUUACUUCUCUGCCUCCAAUAUGCAUUACAGUCCAGGUGCUCCGAUCUUAAGAUCUGGUGAUCUUGUCAACUGGGAACUUAUUGGUCACUCUGUGCCCAGUCUUGAUUUCGGCGAAAAGUAUAAUCUGACGAAUGGCCAUGCAUAUAGAGGUGGAACAUGGGCGUCCACGAUGCGCUUUCGUGAGAGCACUGGGCUUUGGUACUGGAUCGGCUGCGUUAACUUCUGGUACACUUACAUUUAUACCGCCAAGGACGCCACCGGGCCAUGGACCCGCGCGGCUGUACUCCCGGGCGGCACAUGUUACUAUGACUGUGGCCUCCUUAUCGAUGACGACGAUACCAUGUAUGUCGUAUAUGGUGCCACGGACGUGUCUAUAGCCCAGCUAUCUAAAGACGGACUCAGCCAAGUAGAGACCAAACACAUCUUCAGUGCCUCUGAUGUAGGGAAAAAUGGAAUUGAAGGAAACCGCAUGUACAAAAAGGAUGGGCUCUACUACAUCCUUGACGACCAUCCAGGCGAUAUUACCUAUAUAUGGAAAUCCGAAAGCCCCUGGGGUCCCUAUGAGAGCAAGAUACUAGUUAACGGUGUCAAAUCUCCAGUACCUAAUGGCGGAGCUCCGCAUCAAGGAAGUCUCAUUCAGGCGUCAACAGGUGACUGGUACUACAUGUCUUUCACAUGGGCAUAUCCAAGUGGCCGUAUACCUGUUCUGGCUCCAGUCAAGUGGGGUGAUGAUGGCUUCCCCUUUUUUGUUGCCGACGAGUCUGGUGGAUGGGGUUCAUCUUAUCCGGCACCACUUCCUCUCAAAGCCGUCCAAAAAUGGACUCGUACUGACACUUUCGAUGACAGCACCUUAGGCCCAGACUGGGAAUGGAAUCAUAAUCCUGAUGAGACAAAGUACAAGGCUGGCAAUGGCGGGGUGACUUUAUCUACUGCGACUGUGACGGACGACUUGUACGCAGCACGCAACACCCUAACCCAUCGCAUUCAUGGAGAGUUCCCCGUCGGUACUCUUCAAGUUGAUUUUACUAAUAUGGCCGACGGUGACCGAUUUGGCCUUGCGGCUUUCCGGGAUCGCACUGCUUAUAUCGGUAUCCAUCGUGAUGGAUCCAAUUACACAUUAUCCAUCGUGCACAACAUCACGCAGGAAGAAUCUGCAUGGAAUACGACCAACCUCGGUAACAUAGUAGCAACAACAACAGAUAUCCCUAAAGAUAAGACAAUUUGGCUUCGGGCGUCGCUGGACGCUCGAGCGAGUGGUAGUUACGCGGCCAAUUUCUCAUACAGUAUAGACGGGCAAAAGUUCACCCAAUUAGGGGAACCUUACACGAUGUAUACCAACUGGGCAUAUUUUAUGGGCUAUCGCUUUGGCAUUUUCAACUAUGCCACCAAGAAGCUAGGUGGCUCGAUUCGAGCUUUGUCUUUUACAAGUGCGUAAAGUCACGAAUUCGAAAAAGGGAAAUCCCAUAAAUACCCGAGUUCCCGAGUUUUAGGUACAAUUAGUUAUUAUGCUCAAAUCUUUUUAUUUGAGGAGCCUUAUCCUGAUAGAGACGCUGGCCGUGAUGGUUUUUUUCUUCUACCGUGCUGUAUGUGACCUACAUUAGGUACGUGCAUACCUCCUAUAAGCUAC